AUUACACAAGCACUAAACAUUCUCAUCGACAUUCAGCUCUUCGCACAGAGGUAUUCCUUGGUGAUCCCUGUUCCUGGUGAGGAAAUUCCCGCUUCGGGUGAUCAGCUGCUGUCGUUGGUGAUGUAGAGCACAAUCCCAUCAAACUUCACCUCUAGGCAGUAACGCAGAAGCGCCUGCCCUCUGCCUCCCUCCAGUCCAAACGGAGCGCGCCGAUCGGUCUUUGACUCCAUGGUGCGCUUUCGUGCGCGCUGCCGUCCGCGGACAUCUAGGGAAACUACUUUCUCCUCUCCAGCUACAACUUGGGAUUUCAAGACGCCGAUCGUUUUUUUCUCGUAUUUCUGCAACAGCGAUGUCGGAUGUAUUUUUCCUUAACGGAGCUUCUGCUGACAGAUUGGAGUCUUAGCUUCUCGGUUGAGUCAUGGCGGAGAAAGGAGGAUCAGAAGGGCCAGAACUCGCUGAGAUCAUCCGAGCCAAGAGUCAGUGUCGGAGAGUGCGGAUCAACGUUGGAGGACUCAUGCAUGAAGUCCUCUGGAGGACCUUGGACAGGCUCCCCAGAACCCGCCUCGGCGGACUUCGGGACUGCGAUACCCCUGAGGCUUUGCUGGAGAUUUGCGAUGAUUACAACCUGAGCGAGGAGGAAUUCUUCUUUGAUAGGCAUCCAGGUGCCUUCACCUCCAUCCUAAACUUCUACAGGACAGGCAAGCUGCACAUGAUGGAGGAGAUGUGUGCCUUAUCUUUCAGCCAGGAGCUCGAAUACUGGGGCAUCGACGAGAUCUAUCUUGAGUCCUGCUGCCAGGCACGUUACCAUCAGAAGAAGGAGCAGAUGAACGAGGAGCUACGACGGGAGGCGGAGUCCUUGAGGGAGAAGGAGGGGGAAGAUUUCGACAAUAAUUGCUGCCCCGAAAAGAGGAAGAAGUUAUGGGAUCUUCUGGAGAAGCCGAGCUCCUCUGUGGCUGCCAAGAUCUUGGCCAUCAUUUCCAUCCUGUUCAUCGUCAUGUCCACCGUCGCCCUGUCAUUGAACACCUUGCCAGAACUCCAAGACAUUGAUGAAUUUGGGCAUCCCACAGACAACCCCAAGUUGGCCCACGUGGAGGCAGUCUGCAUCGCUUGGUUCACCAUGGAGUACCUGCUGCGUUUCCUCUCCUCGCCCAGUAAGUGGAAGUUCUUCAAGGGUCCUCUCAACAUCAUCGACCUGCUGGCCAUCUUACCCUUCUACAUCACCAUCUUCUUGACCGAGUCCAACAAGGGCGUGCUGCAGUUCCAGAAUGUCCGGCGGGUGGUGCAGAUAUUCCGCAUCAUGCGCAUCCUCCGCAUCCUCAAGUUGGCACGGCACUCCACGGGUCUGCAGUCGUUGGGCUUUACGUUACGCCGUAGCUACAAUGAGCUGGGUCUGCUCAUCCUCUUCCUCGCUAUGGGCAUCAUGAUAUUCUCCAGUCUCGUGUUUUUUGCCGAAAAGGAUGAGGACGCCACAAAAUUCACCAGCAUUCCGGCUUCGUUCUGGUGGGCCACCAUUACCAUGACAACUGUAGGCUAUGGAGACAUUUAUCCGCAAACCCUUCUAGGUAAAAUAGUCGGUGGCCUCUGCUGCAUCGCAGGUGUGUUGGUCAUAGCCCUGCCCAUUCCCAUCAUUGUGAACAACUUCUCAGAGUUCUAUAAAGAGCAGAAACGGCAGGAAAAAGCCAUCAAGAGGAGAGAGGCCUUGGAACGUGCCAAGAGGAAUGGGAGCAUUGUGUCAAUGAAUAUGAAGGACAGUUUUGCCCACAAUGAGGAUCUGAUGGAUACAGUGGUUGAUGAAGGGGACAAAAAUCAAGACCUGGACAAUCAUCUUUCCCCAAGCAAGUGGGACGUGUCCAAGCACAUCCCUCCCACUAGUCCAAAGGCUUUUGGUGUGAAGUAUCAGGUGGCUCCUCUCCACAGCCCCAGCAGAAGUCCCCAGCAUCUUAGUGCUCAGACCCUGGAGAACAGGUACAACAAGAUGACCCAGUCCCCACCGUAUUCUCCUGGACUAGCUAAACUGAGUGUAUUAAUCUCAGCAGAAGAAUGCAAUAAGGCAUUAGAAAAAAGCACAAACUCUCCAGUAGACCGUCCUGUCACAGAUGGCAGGAGCACAUCAAGCAAUGAGAGCUACACCAGCUGCUCCACUGAGUUUGUCGAGGAUGACAAGGUUCUCAAUGGUCGGGAGCAGGCCAAACACCCCCGUGCCCCACCUCCACUGGACCUGAGUCAAAUCUCAUCCUUGGAAUGUGGUGGAGCCCCCUACAGUGGCUUGUAUGACAGUGGACACCAUUCCCAUCCGCCGGUACACUCGACCCUUGUCAGUGGCACCCUCAGGAGUUCUCUGAGAGGGAGCCACCAAGUGGCCAAAGGUCUGAAGGUUAACUUCAGCGAAAGUCCAGGCACGGAUACUGAGAGCCCCAUCAGUGGAGCAAGUACCAUCUUCCAGCCUGACAGUGGCGCUUCCCAUUGCUCCUCUCCUUAUUUUGAUAACUCCAUUCAGUCUUCAAGCCUGGGGUCUCAGUUUGAGUUGGUCUCUCUCAGCAAGGACCCCCAUGGGAAUAAUCACUUGGACUCGCCCAAACGUAGCACACAGAAUUGCUCCCAGGGAGUAGCCCAUAGCACUGGAGCAGGCAAGACUGAACAGAAAGGGGAAAAUCCCUUGUUUACAUAAGCACUGCAUGGAAGCCCUUUCCUCCCCACUGUGAAAGCAGAAUGUGGCCAUGCAGAGAUCAUCAACAGGUGACUGUUUAGCGCGAUCUCAUGACCAAGCAGAGGAACCAAUAGCGGCACAUCUGGGAUCUAUCAAAUAGCAGGCAUGCAAGUUUGGUCAAACAGAUAUUCUGCAUGGCAUGAUAAGUUUCCUAAUUCUGUUCCUCGAUGUCAGUGCGACCACCCUCUGAAGAGCUGCUGAAAGUAGCUUCACACCUAGAACAGGAAGUGUUGCCAUACGAAAGCUUUUUUUUAAUGAAAUCUACAAGUUUUAGCCUUGAAUUUCUCUUCUAAGAAACUCCCUGAUAUUCUUUUAGUGAAGCCCUUCAAGCAGCAUGCAUUUGAGAAUGUAUGUGAAGGUUUAGUCUGUGUAUAGUUCUUCCUAUGGGGGAGAUGAUGUAGCACUGUGUCUUUCAAACCUGUGAAAUCAAUUCCAAACUAAAAGUGAAGACAGAAUGCACACAGCUACAUAACGAUCUUGACAAGACAAACAUAUUAUUUUUAGCAUAAAUAUAACAGGUUCUCAGCUAUUAAUAUUUACCGUUAGACUGCAGCAGCACCAUGGAUCCAUCUUACAAUUAUACCAGAUUUAGGCAACAUGACGCCAACAUAACUUUGUGAAUAUGCUCUCGUACAAAGUCUGCUGCUCACAGCAAAGACAUCACCUUCACCACCAUUUUCAGUGAAAAUUUUAAAAGUUGAAACGCACCAUGAAAGUUCGGUGCCUUGAUGAGCACAAACAUCCUACUGGUACCUCAUACGAUUAUAUGACUCCGACUGCUACUUCUGACUAGUAUAUACAGCUAACUGCUGCUUUGAGAUUUGCAUAUAUAUCUUGGCGGUGUUGCUUUAUUAGUGAUUUUAGCCUACUGGGACUUCCUGAUCAGAAUUAACAUCUCGCUAUCACAGUAUUAUGUGGCGGGUGGUCAAAAAGUGGGAAAGGUUUCAGCCGUCCGGCACAUUUUACUUACCAUCCCAUGAGUAAAAUGACUAGAUGACUAGUCUAUUCAGUUAAGCAGAGCACACCUGUCAGUACUGUCUGGUCUCCAUUCUCUUGCAGAAACAUCUUUGCCUGGUUAGCCAACAAUUCACCACUGAUUACUCGUCUGACUCAUACAUUAAUAUGACUAAUUAGAUUUGGUGUAUUGAUAUGUCCAUGACAGAUACAUGCAUAAAUUAAUGCAUUGAUAUGGUAAUUGAACUUUUGGCCAAAAGAUACCAAACACGUUUGCUUGAUAUGGAUACAAUAAAAAUCUUGUACACAUUACUUCAGUGUGGUUUCGUUAGUAUUUAUGCAGGUAUGAAGUGCUAAUUAAAUGGUUCUCUGAGCAUCUCCUUGGACAAUGUUUGAAACCUGCCAAGUUCACAUCGCGCUUCUAAAGGAGUGUAUAAUGCCACACUUCGCCGCCAAACAUGCCGAACGUUUCCAGUCAAACAGGACCACGGUAAGGCUGCUUCUUCAGGUGGACACAUUAACAACUUUCUAGUCAUGAAAGACUAUUCCUAAUUAUUCAGACACACUCAAUGCAUUAAAGUACACAGGCUCAGCGAACUUCAAAACGUGGGAUACUCAAAA